UUUUAAAUCGCAGCGACCAAUCAGCGACUUGCAUUCUGCUUCAAAACUAACGGCGGCAGCAGGGCCGGGAGCAGAGGGAUUAAAGGGCUCAAGGAGUAGCAGCACGUCCGGACAGGAGUCCCAGCCUCUCCCAGCAAUCCGCACCGCAUUCAUGGCUCUCAUACCCGGCAAGGUCCCGGCCCCGGAGAUGGGGAAACCCCCCGGACUCCCGGUCACCUCCACGGUCAAAGAGAUCCCCGAGGUCCUGGUGGACCCCCGCACCCGCCGCCGGUACAUGCGAGGCCGCUUCCUCGGCAAAGGGGGCUUCGCCAAGUGCUAUGAGAUCACCGACCUGGAGAGCCGGGAGGUGUUCGCCGGGAAGAUCGUCCCCAAGACCAUGCUGCUCAAACCGCACCAGAAGGACAAGAUGACCAUGGAGAUCGCCAUCCAGCGCAGCCUGGACCACAAACAUGUGGUGGGCUUCCACGGCUUCUUCGAGGAUAACGACUUUGUGUUCGUGGUGCUGGAGCUCUGCAGGCGGAGGUCCUUGCUGGAGUUGCAUAAAAGGAGGAAAGCAGUGACGGAACCCGAAGCUCGCUAUUACCUGAGACAGACCAUCUUAGGAUGUCAGUAUUUGCACAGCACCCGAGUCAUUCACAGAGACCUCAAGCUUGGAAAUCUCUUCCUGAAUGAUGAAAUGGAGGUGAAAAUAGGUGACUUUGGAUUGGCAACCAAAGUGGAAUUUGAUGGUGAAAGAAAGAAAACACUAUGUGGAACCCCAAAUUAUAUUGCUCCCGAAGUACUGGGCAAGAAGGGACACAGUUUUGAAGUGGAUAUCUGGUCCCUCGGUUGCAUCAUGUACACACUAUUGGUCGGAAAACCUCCUUUUGAGACUUCAUGCCUGAAAGAGACUUACCUGAGGAUUAAAAAGAAUGAAUACACUAUUCCCAAGCACAUUAAUCCUGUGGCAGCUGCACUCAUUCAGAAGAUGUUGCGGUCAGAACCAACAUCCAGACCCACCAUAGAUGACCUAUUGAAUGAUGACUUCUUCACUACUGGCUACAUUCCCUCUCGUCUUCCUACUACCUGUCUGACUGUACCCCCCAGAUUCUCCAUUGCACCCAGCAGCAUUGAUCCUAGCUUCAGGAAACCACUCACAGCUAUUAAUAAAGGUCAAGACUCUCCGCUGGUGGAGAAGCAAACCGCCCCAGGGAAGGAUGAAGACUUCCAGCAGCCAGAGUCCACAGAACCUGCUGACUGUUACCUGUCAGACAUGCUGACACAACUGACAAGUGUCAAUGCAGCCAAGCCGUCGGAGAAGCCCUUGAUUAGACAAGACGAAGCUGAAGAUCCAGCCUGCAAUCCCAUAUUCUGGGUCAGCAAAUGGGUGGAUUACUCAGACAAGUAUGGCCUGGGAUAUCAGCUCUGCGAUAACAGUGUAGGAGUAUUAUUCAAUGACUCUACGCGGUUGAUAAUGUACAAUGAUGGUGACAGCCUACAGUAUAUCGAGAGAAAUAAUGCAGAGUCCUACCUUAAUGUGCGCACCUACCCUCCAUCCCUAACAAAGAAGAUCACACUGCUUAAAUAUUUCCGUAACUAUAUGAGCGAACACCUGCUGAAAGCUGGUGCCAAUAUCCGUCCAAGAGAUGGCGAUGAGCUGGCUCGUCUUCCUUAUCUGAGGACGUGGUUCCGUACACGGAGUGCAAUUAUCCUUCAUCUGAGCAACGGCACGGUCCAGAUAAACUUCUUCCAGGACCACACGAAGAUUAUCCUAUGCCCUCUGAUGGCUGCUGUGUCCUACAUAGACGAAAAACGUGAAUUUCACACCUAUAAACUAAGCCUUAUUGAGGAAUUUGGUUGCUGCAAGGAGCUUGCCAGCCGUCUGCGCUAUGCUCGUACCAUGGUAGAAAAACUACAGAGCUCCAAGACUGGAGCUGUACAUGUGAAGGCCCCAGCAUAGCCUGGAAGGACUACCAAAUCAUGGACACUGUCUCUCCUUGGCAUGGGGCUUGAAAACCCCUUCACUCAUUUUGCUGGCCCAAAUUGCAUAGGGAGAGUUAGUACCGGUCCCUUGUGAAUGUUUUUUAAAAAAACACCAUUGUGCCAACAGACUGUAAAGUCAACUCUGCAGGACUUUCUCUCCAUGUAAUCACAAGUUGGGUAUCUCUUCAGCGCUCUAGAAACCUGUCCUGUUUCCUUUUCAAUGUCUCUACAGUAAUGUCCGGUUUUUAAUGUAAAAUAAACUUUAAAGCUUUUGUAUAUUAA